UACAAAAAUACUGUAGUCUUUAGAAAUACUCCUCCCAAUUCAAGCAACGUUUUGCGCGCUCUCUCUCUCUCUGUCGCUCUCGUGUUCAUAAUUCUUGCGGCAUUAUUUUGCAUGGACUACACAAGACUGUUGGCUCUACUAAGAGUAAGCAACAAUUCAAGGUCAUUGAAACAAGGCAAACUCAUUCACCAGAAAGUAAUCACUUCAGGCUUACAAAACAACAUUGCCUUGUGCAAAGACCUCAUCAAGCUCUACUUCUCUUGCCAUUUGUUUGAAUCUGCUAAACUAGUUUUCCAUUCAGUUCAGAACCCUUUGGACAUAUCUCUGUGGAAUGGCCUUAUGGCAGCUUACACCAAGAACUUCUUGUUCACAGAAGCUCUUGAGCUCUUUGAGAAAUUAUUUCAUCACCCUUAUCUACACCCUGAUAGUUACACAUACCCAAGUGUUUUAAAGGCUUGUGGUGGGUUAGGGAGGGGUGAUUAUGGUCAAAUGGCUCAUACCCAUGUGAUCAAAAGUGGGAAUUUAGUGGAUGUUGUUGUUGGUAGCUCUAUAGUGGGAAUGUAUGCAAAGUGUGAUAUGUUUGGUUCCGCGAUGCAACUGUUCGAUGAAAUGCCUGAGAGAGAUGUGGCUUGUUGGAAUAGUGUGAUCUCCUGUUAUUACCACAGUGGGCAAUGUGAGAAAGCGCUGGAGUUGUUUGAGGAAAUGAAGGGUUUAGGGUUUGAGCCGGAUUCAGUGACAGUCACGACUGCAAUUGCUUCGUGCGCGAGGCUUUUGGAUUUGGAAAGAGGGAAGCGGAUACACAAUGAAUUGUCCAAACGUGGGUUUGUCUUGGAUGGGUUUGUUAGUGCAGCUCUGGUUGACAUGUAUGGAAAAUGUGGUUGUUUAGAGAUGGCUGUGGAGGUUUUUGGGAUAAUGCCAACGAAAAGCUUGGUUGCUUGGAAUUCCAUCAUUGCGGGAUACAGUUUAGUUGGUGACAGCAACUCAUGCAUUGAGCUCUUUCUAAGGAUGAUUGAAGAAGGGGUGAAGCCCACUUCAACCACAUUAAGCAGCUUACUUAUGGCUUGUUCUAGAUCGGCCAACCUCCAGUUUGGUAAGUUCCUUCAUGGAUAUACAAUAAGAAACUCUGUAGAGGCAGAUAUAUACGUUAGCAACUCACUUAUUGAGCUGUAUUUCAAAUGUGGAAGUGUGGCCUCAGCUGAAAAUGUCUUCAAGAAGAUGCCAAGAUCAAAUGUUGUAGCUUGGAAUCUUAUGAUUGCUGGAUAUGUGUCAUCAGGCUCUUAUUUUGAGGCUCUUUCCAUCUUCAAUGACAUGGAAGAGGCUGGCGUAAAACCAGAUGCCUUUACGUACACUACUAUACUAACAGCUUGUUCACGGUUAGCAGCCUUAGAACAAGGUAAGGAGAUUCACAAGUGUAUAGUUGAGAGUAAGCUUGAAUUUAAUGAAAUUGUCAUGGGGGCUCUUCUUGAUAUGUAUGCUAAAUGUGGUGCGGUUCAUGAAGCUCUUCAUGUUUUUAAGGAAUUACCGAACAAAGACCAUGUGUCAUGGACUUCAAUGAUAACCGCUUAUGGGACUCAUGGACAAGCUGUUGAUGCUCUGAAUCUUUUUAAAGAAAUGCAGCAAUCCAAUUCAAAACCAGACAGAGUUACUUUCCUUGCAGUAAUGUCAGCAUGUAGCCACGCAGGAUUAGUGGAUGAGGGUCUCAAUUAUUUUGAUUUAAUGGUCAAGGAUUAUGAUAUCAAACCUACAUUUGAAGAUUACUCAUGCUUACUUGAUCUUCUUGGGCGGGCUGGGAGAUUGCAUGAGGCUUAUGGGAUUGUCCAAAGAAUCCCGAGGAUUAGAGAUGAUGUUGGCUUGCUAAGUACUCUGUUUUCUGCGUGCCGCUUACAUGGGAAAACAGAACUUGGGGAGGAAAUUGCAAGACUUCUUAUUGAGAAGGACCCUGAUGACCCAUCGACUUAUAUUGUUUUAGCCAACUUGUAUUCUUCUGUCAAGAGAUGGGAUGAUGCACGCAAAGUGAGACUAAAGAUGAAGGAGCUUGGAUUGAAAAAGAACCCUGGUUGUAGUUGGAUCGAAGUUGGCAAGAGGAUCCAACCCUUCUUUGUGGAGGAUAAUUCACAUCCAGAAGCUGAGCUGGUAGAUGAUUGUCUCAUGAGUCUUUCCGUUCAUAUGGCAAAAGAUGAACUGGAUGCGGGUUAAAGAAAAUGAUUUGUUUCUAACAGGAUUCGAAUUGGACCAAACUUCCUUUCUGUUGGGAACACGCAGAUGAGAACUUCAAGAAUGGAAGUGGUCAGCUUGACAAAUCUUUAGAGAGCAGAAGAGACAAAAGGUAACUGGUCCAUGAAUUGGAUCAUACAGUCUUGUGGGGGCAUGAAUGUUGAGAAAGCCAUUGUUGAAGGCAAAUGGAAGUAUUGAACCCCUUCCUUGAACAAUGGCUUUUGCAGGUAGUUAUAAUUAUAGAUAAUUUGGAGAUAUGGUACCAGAGUUUGCUAGGAAUCCAUUUCCCCAAUGCACAACUCUUACAAGGCAGUUGGAUUUUUGUAGGAGAAUAAGUUACACUAGGAAUAAUGAGGCAAGACAGUUUGUUUCCUUGAAUUUCCUCAAUUUUCUGGCACUGGUAUAACUGAAGGAUCCAUGAGCAAGAAGAGAAGAAGCCACUGGCAGCUGGUGUGAAACAUCUUUAGACUUUCAUAUGGACAUAUGAGUCGUGAAAAUAUAUGAGCAACUGCUGGGGAGACUAGUUGGCCCUAGAGAGAACAUGGUGGGGUUAACGGUUCAUGUAGCUGCCCCACAUAGUCGGGUUAAGGUUUGUCAACUUGGAUAUCAGAACACUGAAAAAUGUUGUAAUAAAUCCGGAUUCAAUGAAUACUGGCAUAAUGCAUUUUAGCUCUUCGAGCAAGGAUGUCAUCGUAUCUAGCGUUCAUCCAACCAUUUUGAUGAUGAUGCUCAAUUCAAUGAAGGCUCAUCCCUUAUUAUUUGGGGUCGGCUACAUGAAUCAUAUUUCCCCAUUUUGCUUUGUCUUUGGCUAUGGCUACCCUAGCAGUUGCUCCUAUAUUCUCAUGGUUUGCAUGUGCGAGAUGUCAGAAAUUGUCGAUAACACUCUGACUAGAUGAACUAGCUUGGAGCGCAGAGCAAGUGUUCCACGUGAAGGAAAGCUUGCUAAUACCAAGGGAGCUUGCAUCGGAAGCCCUUUUGGGUGAUUCUCUUUUGCAGGUUUACUAAACAAAUGACACAUAUUGGUGUUUAAUUGUCGAGUCACAUAUCCAGCAGUUCCACAGGACAUUGGAAGAACCUCGGGUAGGUAAAAACUAAUUAGUUUUUUAUUCAAAUGGCUUAAAUUGACUAGGCAGACUCAUAGUUGCCACGGUUCUUGAUUGAAUAUUUUGACCUACUGCGGUUCAAAUCCUAGUCAAUAUGAAUUGAUAGGUUUACAAAUCUUAUGCAUCGACUCAAGUUGAGGAAGAAUCAUACGAUUCACAUUUUGGAGAUGAUUCAUCUAUUUUAUCAGUCAUUCAUUUUCAACAACACUUUAUUUUUUGAUUUUUUUUAACUAUUACCCCUCAGAUAUUUUUCCGAGGACUUUUCAAGCUUACGGAUGUGGGUAUGGUUCUAUUAGUCCUUUCCCAUUUUGCAGUUGCUGAGAUUUAUUAUCCUUUCCUGCAUGUAAGAGACAAGGAAUUUGAUUUCUCUUUAUUUACCUACUCUGAACAGGAGGCUUCCUUUUUCACAGUUCCUACGUGCAAUCAAAAUGUUUUGUGUUUACUGUUUUUAGGAGCCUUUGACAUUUGAUUUCAAUUGCGGCAUCGUAACUGUAAGAGCUUGUUCCACAUUGGCUAAUUAUAACGUACAUAACUAGUAUACAAGCCUGGGGGCCAUUCCACUAAUUCCCAAUUGUUUUUGAAUUGGAUGUUUUACUAUGGUAUCAGAGCUAGACUUUUGGACAAGAAUCCCAUGAUAUGACAGAAGAAAGCACAAAGCCCAAUUGAAAAUCAUACAUGCCCAACCCAACUCAAUGAACCCGAUUGCAACCCCCCGCACCCGCUGUAGUUUCACGGAUGGUUUCAAAACCGCUCACUGUUGAAAUCAGUUUGAAUUGGAGACAACCUGACCACUUCGGAUUGGGUUGCAGAUCAAGGUCAAAUCUAACCGCAUCCGACCCAUGCUCACCUCAGUGACUCCACAAAUAGAUGAAAUUUUCUAAUUACAAUACAUUGGAUAGCAAUACUGAUACUGUUAGGGGCUGUUUCCAUACCUUCGUGCUAGAAUAUGGGGCAUGGACAUGCGAUACGACACAUGCACGAACAAACACGGACACAACAGCGACGCGUAAAUUUCAAAAAAUUAGAGGACACAUUUUGAAAAUUUAUAUAUGUAUAGUACUAUAUGAAUGAAAGUCCUAGAUUAGAGCUCAAAAAAUUAUAUGAUUUUUUUAUUUUCUCUUCAAGACGAAUGAUUAAUCUCAACUUUUUGUUAUAAAAAACUAAACAAAAGAUCAUCAAAAGUCAACAAUACCGAUUGUAUCAAAAGUCAACAAUACCAAUUGUCUUUUAAGAAAGAUUUAUUUAGGCCAAUCAUUUGCAAUUAGCCUAUAGUUACCCACAUUGUUUUUCACAUGCUUCCAAGAACUGAUACAGACCCUAACUUCCCUUUCAGUCAAUGCAAACAGAAUUGGUAGACAUAUUUUGAUGCCGCCCAUGCUUGUUUAUAUCUAUCUCAUCUUCUCAAUAAAACGGAUGAUCACUUUGUUUGCCGAAAAUUCUAGGGCCAUAUGUUGACACCAUGAGAUCUCGAAGGAGGGGGAACUGUAGGGAGGUGAAAGAAAAGAUUGGUAUAAAUGCUAAUGCAGCCACUGGAUAAAGCAUCCACGCCUUAUCACUGUUCCCAACCAGAAGAUAGAGUGCACAACUGAAGGCUAUCACCAUUGCUGUAAUGGAGAGGAAAAGGGUAGCCAAACCAAUAAUCAGCCUAUUGGGAAGAACAAAGAGAAAAUCACCCUCGGCAUAGCGUGAAGUGAGGAUGGACAAGAAUACCAUAAGAGAAGUGAUUGAUGCGAAUAGCGAGAUUGUAUCGGAAAUAACAAAGAUCUUAAAUGCCGCUUCUUUAGAGAAAAAAGGUAGGCCGUCUAUAACAUUGAUCCCGCCUGGAACGGUGAUUGCAGCCGCAAAUACCAUAGUGACAAUCAGUGCUGACGGAAUCGUGCAUGAGUUUGCCGUGUCUUUCAUCCAUGUUUCUCCUUCAGCUACUAAUUUUUCAUGUUCUUGAAAAAAUAGCAUUGCAGGAGUUUGAUCAUUAUUAUUUCGACACUCUGUAUCAUGGGGAUUCGCCAACUUCUUUACUUCCUGCAUUAUAGCCAAAUAUUUGAAAUAAUGGAUAUUUUCAAU